GGGCACCAUUCCAAGGUUUGUGCUGGUCUUGUCCACCGCCCUUUUGACAUUGACAGUCUGAGGAUCUGCUGUCUUUGAAUUUCGAAAAAAAAAAAGACUAACCCAAAACACAGCAAAGAAUCCUUGGGUAUGGUUCUGUCGGUCACAUGCGACUUGUUGUUUCCUUGCUCUGCUCGGUAUUCCGAACGACCCAAUACGCCGCUGAAAGCUGAUCUCACCUUCCACCACUUUGGUUUUUCCCAAAGGAUCUUGGACACAUCUGAUACUCUAUUGCCCAAAUCACGCCUCCAAAGAAUUCCGUUUUGCAGAAACGAGGAGAAGCCAUGUUUGGCUGGCAGCUUCGUCUUCACAUUCCACAACGGGCGGCCAGUGAUCUCUUUUCGUCAUUGCUGUGCCCCUAGAGAACUAAUGAUAGAGGCCGCCGCGGGGAAUAAAGCUCUCACCGAUUUUAAAACUACAGAUCGAAACUGUUCUACCAGUUCUCUGUGCGCUCUCUCUAAGCGCAUACCAUGGAGUCCUGCGGGGGCGGCUGCGAAAUGGCGUGCCCAGAGAGGCACGGGUCUUCCGCAGACUGCUUUAUAAUCACUUUAGUCAUGGGCCCGGCGUCCUGCAACCAAUCGGCCCACCAUAAAACGGGGCACGAAUCUGGGACCAUGUCCCGAAAAAAGUACAACAAUAAUCGCCAGACA